CCGGGUGGUGGAGCUGUCAGCGGCGGAUCCUCGACACGAAAAGAACCAAAGAAGAAAAAGAUGAAGAAUAAAGUUAGCAGCGCUCAAGCAGCAGAGUCUGGUCUGCAGGCGGCGCUCCACCAGUCUGUCUUCCUGUCGGCCAUGUCGCCACAGCCCGGCCGCGACCUGUCUCUCUGCUGGGAGCAACACCGCAAGCUGCUGCCAGGGGUCACUAGAGUCCACGCCGAGUCCGUGCAGCACUGGAGCGUCCAGCAGGUGUCAGAUUUCAUUCAGUCCAUCCCCGGUUGUGAAAACCAGGUGAAGCAGUUCAGAGAUGAGCAAAUUGAUGGGCGGGCCUUCCUCCUGCUCACUCAGCGUGACAUCGUGAGGAUCAUGUCAAUCAAACUUGGUCCCGCGCUCAAGAUUUACAACUCAAUCCUCAUGUUCAAACACAUCACCAGCCAAUCACACGCUGAGGUCACCAGCCAAUCACAGGCUGAGGUCACCAGCCAAUCACACGCUGAGGUCACCAGCCAAUCACACGCUGAGGUCACCAGCCAAUCACACGCUGAGGUCACCAGCCAAUCACAGGCUGAGGACACCUGCAGGUAACAAUGAUGACUCAAACUGGACCACCUGGAACUUGACUCCAGCACCUCCUCCUCCACUUCAUUUUCCAUCCAAUCAUAAAGCAGAUAUAACUGUGAUGUCACAAGAAUGAUCUCAGGUGUGCUCCUGUCAAUUAUGACAUUCACGGUCUUAUUGCAGGAGUCCUGUAUAUGACUAGAACUAGUGUGCAUAUAUAUAUAUAUAUAAUUGAAUAACGAGGUAAGAGGAUGUUUCUUUAAGUACAAACAGGGUUUGUCUUUAGCUCUUUACAUGUGAGGAUAAACGCAGCAGAAGCUCGUGUGAGUUCUUCCUGGUCUGUGACCUGGAGAUGUUCUGCUGAGCGAGUUCGGACCAGAAUGCAUCACUUCAAGCCUUGUAUGGAAAGUUGUGGGGGGUGUCGUUACUUUUCAUUAAUAAAGAGAAGUGAUUGUUUUCUACUGUUUCUAUAGAGUUCUAUUUUAAAGUUUAUUUAUAAAAAUAUAUAUUUGUAUCUCUGACAGGAAGUUCACUCUGACUUCUUCAGGUCUGUGAUGUAAGAGCUGGGGGCAGGGCAUAUGUUUGCCUUACGUUUCCAUGGUAACAACUGACUGUUAUGUUUCUAUCAAUUUUCUCUUUGCUGUUUCUGUCACUGUUUGAUGAGAUCAAUAAAGUUUCUGAUCUGAUCAUU